AGAUUGAGUAAAAUUAUGGCCGCUAGCUCUGGUCACCCGCAUGAAACUGGAAUUUUAAAUUUACUCUAUAGGUAUAAAAUAUGUUUUGAUCGUACUUCAGCGUUCAGUCUAUAUUUAGUUCACGCGAUAACCCAGUGUUAUACAAAAAUGAAGGUACAAGUGAUACUCAGUUUUGUCGUCCUUUUUGCUUUCGUCAAGGCCCUCGAAAAUGGUGAAAAUUGCAAGUGUUUCGAAGAAUUCCAUCCUGAGAGGGAAGGCGAUCGUUGGAUUUGCAGGGGCGAUAAGCAUUCCAGAAUAUUCAAUUGUGGGGAAGAAACACCGCCAUUGUGCAGGUGCUACAAUAAAGGAAGAGAAGUGAUCUUGGAUAUCGGAGAGACCAACUGUGCAGAUGUCGAGAUGCACUAUGAUUUACUCUAUUGCGAGCCAAGAAGCGAGUGGGAGUCAUAUUACAAUGAUCAUCCCUACAGGAGAAUUUUGUACUUCACUCCUAGAAAUAAAAUUCUUUAAUCACGG